AUGAGGAGUCCGAAGUAUCCGAAUCCCAGGAGGAUGAGGAGUCCGAAGUAUCCGAAUCCCAGGAGGAUGAGGAGUCCGAAGAUCCGAAAGGAGGAUGAGGAGUCCGAAGAGGCCGAAGCCCUGGAGGAUGAGGAGUCCGAAGUAUCCGAAUCCCAGGAGGAUGAGGAGUCCGAAGAGGCCGAAGCCCUGGAGGAUGAGGAGUCCGAAGAGGCCGAAGCCCUGGAGGAUGAGGAGUCCGAAGUAUCCGAAUCCCUGGAGGAUGAGGAGUCCGAAGAUCCGAAUCCCUGGAGGAUGAGGAUCCAAGAUCCGAAUCCCAGGAGGAUGAGGAGUCCAAGUAUCCGAAUCCCAGGAGAUGAGGAGUCCCAAAGAGGCCGAAGCCCAGGAGGGAGGAGCCCAAAACUGGCCCAUUCCGUGGCUGAUCAGCGGGACCAAAAGGCGGCCUGCCGCGCGCUGAGGCCGGUGCCACGUGGCGCCAGGAGGAGGCGGCGCCGGCCGGGCGAGGAAGAAGGCAGCCGAACCCCGGGGCGGACCGGCAGACCCACCAAGGUGACAGGCCGCACGGCGAAAGGGCAGCCAGGAGCGCGAGAGGCCACCGGCGAUGUGCUCCCAAUUCAGAGUCGAUUGAAACUGGAGUGA